CUGGCCGCCGAGGAAUGCGCCUGGCACUCGGACGUCGCCCAGGACUGUCCCCGGCGCAGUCGAGAGCCGCCCGCGCAUUCCUCCGGGCGCCCCGGUGCCUUCGACGAGCGGGAGCCUGGCAGGCGAAGGCUUCGCUGGGACCAAACGGUGAUGAGCUGCGGGGGUUGGGCGGGGUAGCGUUUGGGCGAGCCAAGCCGGGUGGCAUGGAAUGUGCCCACUGGGUACAGCAGCGGCUCUCGGAAAAGAGGGAAAAAGCACUCGGGAACAUGGCGGCUUUGAACUGGAAGCCAUUUGUGUAUGGAGGACUGGCUUCAGUCACUGCAGAAUGUGGUACUUUCCCAAUUGAUCUGACAAAAACGCGUCUCCAAGUACAAGGCCAGAAAAAUGAUGUAAAGCAUAAAGAAAUCCGUUAUCGUGGAAUGCUGCACGCGUUAGUGAAAAUAUUCAGGGAAGAAGGACCGAAGGCCUUAUACUCUGGAAUUGCCCCUGCUAUGUUACGCCAGGCCUCUUACGGAACUAUAAAGAUAGGCACUUACCAGAGCCUGAAAAGAAUAUUUAUCGAACGGCCAGAAGAUGAAACACUGGCCGUCAAUGUAUUGUGUGGGGUUCUGUCUGGUGUAAUUUCAUCUUCUAUUGCUAACCCCACUGAUGUCUUGAAGAUCAGAAUGCAAGCUCAAGGAAGUCUCAUGGAAGGUGGAAUGAUUGGCAACUUCAUGAAUAUUUAUCAUAAUGAAGGCACGAGAGGCUUGUGGAAGGGAGUCUCUCUUACCGCCCAAAGAGCUGCUGUGGUCGUUGGUGUAGAGCUGCCAGUCUAUGAUCUUGCCAAAAAGCGUAUAAUUCUCAGUGGGUUCAUGGGAGACACAAUAUAUACUCACUUUCUAGCAAGUUUUACCUGCGGCUUGGCUGGAGCUCUGGCAUCCAACCCCAUCGAUGUUGUGAGAACGCGGAUGAUGAAUCAGAAAACAUUGCCAACUGGACCCCAGCAUGGCUACAAGGGUACUUUAGACUGCUUGCUUCAGACCUGGAGGUAUGAAGGAUUUUUUGCAUUGUACAAAGGAUUCUGGCCAAACUGGUUGAGGCUUGGUCCUUGGAAUAUUAUUUUCUUUGUAACUUAUGAACAGCUGAAGAACUUGGAAUUCUGACAUUCUGAAAAUUGAAGAUAUUGAGUCUUCUCUUGGUGAACUUAACCUUCACGUGCUCUUUUGGGUAUUAUUCAACUAAAGGUUGCAGAAUUGAGAAAAUCAAGUUGUCGGUGCAAGAAUGUUAAAUCUUAAAGUUCUCAAGUAUUACAGAACAGUGUGUAACUUGAGACUGGAAUAGACCUUAGCACUGGGCUUGAAAUUCAUCUUCCAUAAAUAUUAUGAAUAUUUCAAUAUUAGGACUUGACAUGUCUGAAUGGGAACAAGUGAAAUUAAUCAUUUGGUGUAGGGCUUCUUUCAGUCACUGUUCAUUUAAAAUGAGCUGUUUCCAGUGGUCAAUAGCUAAUGUGUUCACAAUUUUGAGAACUUUCACACCAAAGACUAGGCCAUGGCUAAAACACACUUCAUAAAGCAUCCUAUUGUAUAGAAUAGCAUUGCAUAAAUAAUCUGCAAAGCAUGUCUGCAAAAAAGUUGAAAAUUCUUUUUCUCUUGAAACAUGUCAGUGCCAUUUCUUUUUAAUUUAGCAUUACAUUAAUGCUGAAUUAAAUUAAUUACUGGGAGGUUUCAGUAGUGUCUUAAUAUUUUGCCCCCAACUGACAAUCUGAGUAGACCUAAUCCCACAUAUUUUUAUUUAGAAAGAUUCUGUUGUGGACAACAGGUGAACCCUUGCAUAAACACCACUUGACUAUGCUUUUUGGAAUGGUGUUAACCCUACUCCAUGUUUUGAGACAAUAAUAAUAAUAAUCAUUAUAAGCAAUGUUGAAAUUAUGAAGACCCAUUCAUAUGUGCCAAGUUAUUACAGCUAUAUUGUAUUCAGGUUAGAGUAUGUUGAAGAGACCUGAUUUUUCUUUCAUUUCCCUGGACUGUGUCCAGAGAAUCCACUAACAUCUUAAGCCUAGAUGAUGUUUAGUGGUUGUUAAGAAGAGUACAUAAUGUCAUCACUUCUCAGAGGGUGUUGCCUUAUGUAUAAGCAAGUCCUUCUCCCUAAGAUAUUUAAGAUUAGGGUUGCCAUGGCUACAGACAUGAUUGUGGGCCUACAUGGGACCACCGUUUUGGAAAAGUUUCUACAAUUCCCUUGCCUUCAUGACACAGAUACAUGUGAUCUUUCCAGUCAAAUGGGAAUGUUAUAUAUGUUUCCAGUUCUGCAUAAAAGUAUUUUUUACAUAGGAUUGUAAUGUUUCAGGCGUAAUGUUUAAGAUUGCCUAGGUGAGCUCCUUGAGACAUUUGUCAAGAGAAGUUGGACUGCCAGCUUGAGACGUGCAAACUCAGGCCACAUUGAUGAAACAUUUUUAUUAUACAUGACACGCAAAUGACAAUGUUGUCUCUUCUUGGAAAACAGCUUCACUGAAAUCUGCAUCCUGACCAGGUCAACUUUGCUAAAACCAAAGGUUAAUAAUGUGUUUGUCACACUUCGUUUUUAGAUUCUGUUUCCAGAGAGUACCUUUGGAGAAUAUGAAUAUAAUUAUAGUUUGUGAGUAGAAACAAAGAUUUAGGUAUCUGUAUGGAAGUAGUUGAAAUCCUUUGUAACACAGUUGCAAUGCCAGCAGUACACAGUUUAAGGAAUGUCAGUUUUCCCUUCAGUGUUGAAGAUGCACAAGCCACUUUUUACAUUCAUAUUGACAAAAGUUUCUUUCCUUACAGAAUUUUAAAGCUUGAAAUGACAGGUUGUGCUCUUGUGGUCACUUUAUUAGGAGUAUGUGAAAACGGGUAAAAUAUUUUUGUGCGAAUCGUGAAACAAGUUGAGGUUUAAUCCAUGAGGGUAAUCCAUACAUUUUGAAUUCUAAGAUUCAGACCAGUUUUUAAUGAUUGUUCAGCAGAAUACGUGAGACAAAAGUAGAACUGAUUCUUUUUUUUUAAAUUAGAAAACAAGGGCUAGUUUCAUUAUUAACAAAUCUAUUCUGAAUUUAUAUUCUGUCUUCAAGGGCACAGACAGCUUUUACGGAGUUGCAGACAUACCUGCCCCUCCUCUUUGUUUAUCAUGUAAAAGUGUAACAUUUUAUCAAUAACAGAUAUAGAUGUCUGGUACAAGCCACAGGUCCAUCACGCAUCUCAUGAUGUCAUCGUGCAGAUGAUGCCCAUAAUGUACUUUGCACAAUUUGUGUAAUGACACACUUGCUUCACUUGCCCCUCCUUCUCUAGCAGGCACCCUUGAUGACAUGGUUGAUUUUUCCAUACCAAAAUGUAACCUGUAUUUUUUGAAAAUAUCUGUCUUUUCCAUGGUGCAUGUAGUCGUUCCUUCUCCAGCUCUCCUCUUUCCAAUCAGAUCACAAGAAAUGAUUUAGUGUAUUGAACUGGAAGAAUGUGUGGCCAUGCUUGAAACACUCACAAUAAAUGUCUGAGUGAUUGAUUGAGUCACAUGUGGUAGUUCAUCCCUAGUUCCAGCAUUCCAGCUGCAGCAGCAGCAGCUUCAGACCAUUUAGCCAUGCAGACCAUCUUUCAUGCAGAAGUUGCCACGCACACCCAUCAAAAAACAGAUCUGAAGUUCAGAAUACCAGCAGUGGGGAAAAGGCUGUUUAUUGCCUAAGCAGACGUGUGCUUUUUUUAAUGGCACAGUUUUUUUGUUUGAGAAACCCUUUU